AUGGGCCGCAUGGGUCUUUUCCGUGAUGCUCCACAGGGUGUUGCAGCUGUUGCUUCCAGCAUCCUUGCUUGCAUCGUCCUGGGCACUCUCCUGGAGCGCUUCGGUCCUGGGAACGUGCAUUCCGGCCUGCCUACUUUCGGAGCAAUCUGGGUGGUGACGGCUGCGGCCAGUUGCGCUCCCUGGAAUUAUGCACUGACUCGCUUCUUCAUCUGCCGCACAGGAGCUACUUUCGUGACUCUCGAUGCCAACCAGUUCACGUGUUCGUUGAUGGUCGUGCUCAAUGUGAUUGGAACUGCGACCGCCGAAGCAACCGAAUGGGGAAAUCUGGGGCACGGUGUCACGCAGAUCCUCUCGAUUUUGGUGCUGUCCGAAAUAACGAUUCACUCUGGCAUGGCAGCGGACACUGCCUGGCGAGUGUCUCUGAUCGUGCCGGCCGUUUUCUGCCUCGUCACUGCGACAGGCUUGAAGCUGCUGCGUAGGAACACCUCCACUGCAGCGCGGUUGGACGUGUCCGUGACGGGUAAGAUCACGAAAUCAUUGUUGUGGGACUCCUUUGAAGUGUUGAAGGACUUCAGGGUCGUCGUCAGAAUCAUGCUGUAUUCGACAAGCAUUCGCACGGAGCUGGCGAUGAACAACCAGUUGACCACUCGCUUCAGGACCUACUUCCUGAUGGAUGCGGCAGAUGUCUCUGUCCUGGCAGGAUCCUUUGGUCUCUUAAAUUUGGUCCCAUACCUUUGCGUCCACUAUGUUGACGUACUCUGCCCCGGUCAUCUCGGCUGA